AUGGAGGAGGAAACAGCAACGAAAGUGGGGCAGUCCGAAAAGGAUAGUAACCCGCCUCUCAUUGCAGCGGCGAAGCGAUUGGAACGAUUGCUAGGCGGUGGACUGCAGUCAAAGAAUCGAAGUGUCCAUACGUACACAAAUCCUGCCAAAGUUGUCCGUAGAUGGCUUGGGACCGCUUCAGGUGCUGCAGGAACUGCCAGUCCAGACGAGAUUGCACAAGCUGCGGUGGUUUUAUUGGAUCCGAUCGGAAUUUGCUCCAGGGGUCGGUCUUUUCUGACUGAUGGGUUUUCUGCUGACGGAUUGGCUGGUACUGGUAAAGAUGAAGAAAAAAUCUAUUUGACGAUUGCUUCCAGCCGUGAAAUCGAGAGUUGGUUGAUAAGCUUGCUAGUUCGUUGUCUAAGAAAGAAAGGAAAGGCAUCGGAGGCAUACGAGCUGUCAGAAAAAGGCGUCGAAACAAUCGCCAUGCACUUGUCAGUGGCUUCACCAGGCAUUCCGUCUACAGGUGCUUCCACUACAUCUCUCUUUCCUCUUCUAGCACGUAUGUAUAGGUACAGAUCCUUGUGUGCGACCGCUCUGAAUGAUCAAAAUCUCAAUGAUAGACUGAGAGCGGACAUGGCCAAAGCGCACAACAUGGCUUGUGUUCGUAGAGACGUCGAUUGCCAAGCGACUUUGCUCAAUCUUAUGCUCGCUGAUUUGAUUGUCCACUCUCAAAUUGAGCAAGCGCAUAAGCUACUUUCAAACUCUGCUUUUCCGGAAUCAGCAUCCAAUAAUCAAAUGUGCCGUUACAUGUUCCACAGUGGCCGCAUUCAAUCUUUGAGGCUGGAAUACACCAAGGCGUUUUCUAACUUGAGCCAAUGCCUGCGUAAGGCCCCAACAAAUACUGGCCUUGGUUUCAGGACUGCUGCUCAACGCCUUUUGGUUGUUGUCCAGUUGCUCAUGGGUGAAAUUCCCGAUCGACAAGUAUUCUUCACAAAGGGAAUGCAAACUGAGUUGGCCCCAUACUUGGCAAUUACGCAAGCUGUCAGAAGGGGUGAUUUGGUGGUUUUCAAUUCUGUUGUAUCAGAACAGGCAUCUCUUCUUCAGAAAGAUAACACCUACAUCUUGAUCUCUCGUCUGGCUCACCAAGUUGUAAAAGCAGGCUUGCGAAAGCUCCACAUGAGCUACAGCCGGUUGUCCUUGCAAGAUGUUGCCGAUCGCCUCGGUUUACCAUCAGCAAAGUCUGCCGAGUUUGUUGUUGCAAAAGCUGUAAGAGACGGCGUACUCGAUGCCACCAUCCAUCACAAAGAAGGCUAUGUACAAUCGCACGAUCUUGUCGACAUCUAUGCUACGAAAGAACCAACAGAAGCAUUUCAUCGUCGAAUUGCUUAUUGCCUUACCACUCAUAAUGAUGCGGUGCGUGGAAUGCGAUACCCCCCUGACGCCUACAAGAAGCAGCUUGAAGCAAGUCGUGGCAAUCGUCGCAAGCGCAAUGACGACAAAACGGAUGAAGAAAAAGCGCAGGAGAUAGAAGAUGAACUGGACGAAGAUUACUAA